UCUCCCUCUGAGCACUUCUCCUUUGCUCAGCUUCUGUGACAACGGUGUGUGUGUGUGUGUGCGUGCGUGCGUGCAUGUGUGUGCGUGUGAACUCGUCUCGUGUGUGUGUUAAGAAGAGUUUUAUGUGUGUGCACAGGGGCUGUGUGCUUUUCUAAGUGGAGUGCAGCCGUUCAUCAGUGGAGCUGACUGCAGAGAGGGGGAUACUCUGAUCUCACUGCGCAGCUUUUUAAUUCGCACACCGGCUGCUUUUUGGACUUUUUUAAGACCCGCUGGACUUUUUGCACCAAAGCGGGACUCUGCCGCUGCUCUCUUUCUGCCCUCCAGGCACCGUUCCCAUCACUGGAAUUACUGAAGCUUUUACCCCGCUGCGGUCUGAAAAACAACUAAAUCUAUUGAUCAUUUCAAAAUAGUUCUUUUCAACAUUAUUAUUCAUCGGCCGUUCCGAGGACUUUCAAAUUUCGGGAUUCAGCCCCACAUCCUUUUGCAUUCUUAUUGAAUCGAUGCAUCACUCAUUUGAGAGCUCGUAGGUGUGUAUUUAGCGAUCCACUGUGAUAGUAUAUAAUCCGGUUUGUCUCAUAUGGAUGUGUUUUUCAUAAGGCAAUGGAAAGAUUAUUAGAUCAAACACAGAGAAGCAGUGCAGUAACCGUCCGAGGCAUGUUUGGCUGAUCCUGACUCGGGAUCUUCUGAGCUUUCCUUGGAAAUUAAAUUCUCCUGGAAACUGAUGGACAGGUCUCUGUGCCCAUGUGUGACGUUUUUGUCUCGUCUUGGAGGUGAGAGGGAACUUGGUCGUCCUUCACAAGUUGAGCAGUAAAUCGGCUUCGAGGGACUCCUUUGGAAGCAAGGAGGGUGUUAUAAAGAUUACGCUGAAUAUUAAGAUCUUGAAAGGAAGCCAAGGAGAGCCGUGCUUCAGCAAACGCCAAGACAGAGAAUCUGUUUUGGAAUUAUAGUGGCGAGCUCAUACUGAGGAACUGAGCCCAAACCAAGGAAGGUGGACUGCUUACAAAGAAGAGGACUUUUAGCUCUAAAUCAGAACCAAACCAACAAAAUAACUACCAACAUUUUACAUUAAAGCUGACAGGAAUCUAGGCUGAAUACUACCACCAGGUCACUUUGCAUACCUCACCUUUAAGUUGACUUUAAGAAAAGAGCUUGCUCUGAGCGAGCCGAGAUGAUGACCAUGAUGAUGAUGACGGUAGCCAUGAUGGUCACCUGCAGCUCUCUCUUCCUGCUGGGUCUUGCCACGGCCCAUACUUCCUCCGGCACCUCUACAUCUUCAUCCUCCUCCUCGGCUGCUUCCUCCUCGCCACGCAUGAAGCUCUCAUACAAAGAGUUGCAGCAGUUCCACGGGGUGCGGCGGUUCGAGUUGGAGCGCUCGUGCUGCUUCAGCGCUCUGCUGUUGGAUGAAGAGCGAGGCCGCCUCUUCGUCGGGGCAAAGAACUUCCUGCUGUCGCUCUCGUUGGACAACAUCGCCAAGCAGGAGCACAAGAUCUACUGGCCAGCUCCUGUCGACUGGAGGGAGGAGUGCAACUGGGCUGGCAAGGACAUCUCUUCCGACUGUGUGAACUAUGUGAAGAUUGUGCACCACUUUAACCGCACCCAUCUCUACGCCUGUGGAACUGGGGCCUUCCACCCCACCUGUGCCUUCGUGGAGGUGGGACACAGGAUGGAGGACCAUGUGUUCAGGAUUGACCCCUCCAAGGUCGAGGAUGGCAAAGGGAAGAGUCCGUAUGAUCCUCGGCACAACGCUGCAUCUGUUCUCGUUGGUGACGAGCUAUAUGCAGGCGUGGCCACAGACUUAAUGGGACGGGACUUUACCAUCUUCAGAAGCCUGGGGAAACGUCCCUCCAUCCGCACAGAGCAGCACGACUCCCGCUGGCUCAAUGAACCAAAGUUUGUUGGUUCCUUUUGGGUCCCAGAAAGUGAAAACCUGGACGAUGACAAGGUUUUUUUCUUCUUCCGCGAGACGGCGGUCGAGGCCCAGGGGCUGGGAAAGUCCACCUACUCCCGCAUUGGACAACUCUGCAGGAACGACAUGGGCGGUCAGCGAAGUCUGGUGAACAAGUGGACGACAUUCCUCAAGACCCGUCUGAUCUGCUCGGUGCCAGGAGCCGACGGCAGCGACACGUACUUUGAUGAGCUGCGCGACGUCUUCUUGCUGCAGACGAGGGACAGAAAGAACCCUCUUGUCUACACAGUCUUCUCUACUUCUAGCAGUGUAUUUAAAGGCUCGGCUGUGUGUGUCUACUCCAUGAAUGACAUCCGGAGGGCCUUCCUGGGGCCCUUUGCUCAUAAAGAGGGGCCCAACUACCAGUGGGUCCCCUUCCAGGGAAAAGUCCCCUAUCCACGACCAGGAAUGUGUCCCAGCAAAACCUUUGGCAGUUUUGAGUCCACAAAGGGUUUCCCAGACGAUGUGAUCCAGUUUGCACGUCACCACCCUCUGAUGUACAACCCGGUCUACCCAAUGAGCAGACGGCCCGUCUUUGUCAGAACUAACGUGGAUUACAGCUUCACGCAGAUCGCCGUGGACAGAGUCAACGCGGCCGAUGGACAAUAUGACGUCAUGUUUAUUGGCACAGACAAAGGGACAGUACUAAAGGUGAUCAAUGUCCCCAAGGAGAGCUGGAACAACAUGGAGGAACUCCUUCUGGAAGAGCUCGAAGUCUUCAAAGACGUCUCAUCUAUUAUCGACAUGCAGAUCUCCUCCAAACGGCAACAGCUGUAUUUGGGCUCAGACACGGGCAUCGCCCAGGUUCCCCUUCACCGCUGCAGCGUGUACGGGAAGGCCUGCGCCGAGUGCUGCCUGGCCAGAGACCCCUACUGCGCCUGGGACGGAACAUCCUGCACUCGCUACCUGCCAAACACCAAGAGACGUUUCCGUCGCCAGGACGUAAGAAACGGAGACCCCAACACCUUGUGCUCUGGAGACCACCAUAAGCACCGCGUUGCAGAGAGGAAGCUGUACGGAGUUGAGGGAAGCAGCACUUUCUUGGAGUGUAUCCCAAAAUCCCUUCAGGCCAGUGUCACCUGGACGUUUCAGAAACAUCUCCAGAACCCACGUGAACAGGUGCGUGUGGAUGACCGCAUUCUCCAGACAGACAGAGGCCUUCUCAUUCGACGUGUGCUGAAGCGAGAUGUGGGCGUCUACCAGUGCCAUGCCAUGGAACACGGCUUCACCCAAACAUUGCUAGGCAUCACCUUGGAAAUUGUACCUUCAACUUCCUCCUCAGUCUCCAAUCUACCCUCCGAGGCCCCUGUCCGAUUGGACCCCCGCAGUGGAGCUGGGCCCCCAACGACCAAUCAAAAGCUCUGGUAUCGGGACUUCAUGCAGCUGGUGGACCACCCUAACCUGAGCACUGUUGACCAGAUUUGUGAGCAGGUUUGGGCACGAAAGAAUGCCGGCAGUGAGCAAGGAGAUAAGGCCUUCGCUGCUCCGGGGAAGGAGGCCCCUCUCCUGGGCCCCGCUGCCCGCCCAGUUAACAAGAAGUGGAAGCUUUUCCAGGAGAAACGAAAGGGGAGGAACCGCCGGACCCACGACGGGAAGCCGAAUCCUCGGGCGCCUCGCAGCGCAGGGGAGUAACACCGCCAAGAAAGACACGGAGGGGGAAAAGAAUGACUAAUACAAGAAAGGAAAGAGGAGAGACUGAGAGACCAAGAACUCCUGGAGGCGUUCACACAUACAGACACAACCACAUACAGAAGAGCACACACACACACUCUGUACCUCCUCUAUUGUGUAUAGAUAUCCAUGGAUGCCCCCACUAAACGGUACCCGAAUCUCUGGUCCUCGUCCCACUGGCCAGCUCCUGCAUGUGUUGCCUUACAGCCCAAAUUCAUUCUGCACGAUCCCUUUACACUGUUCCACUAGCUUAGUCAAGGUUACAUGCAGGUACAUGGGAGUGAACCCACCUGUAUCUGCGGGAAAUAGACCUUUACUCACCUGUCUUCCCUGCUGCCGCUGACUAUAUAUGGAGAGUCCCCAAUCUGUUAUAUGUGGGUAGUAACUCAUAGUAUGAACAUCUAAGCUUCGGACUGCACCGCUCUGAAAAAAAGAAAACAGCCCCCAAAGAGUGGGAUAAACUCUGCUCACCACUUUCCUCGCCUAAGGAUUUCACAACGACGUAGACAAUGGGGGGUGUUAGUGCUGCACAUAUUUGAGAGGGAAUGGAGAACCUGGAAUAUACUGGAACGGAUCAGCAUGUUGCAAAACUGGUUAUAUUAUAUCGUUUUUUUAUGGUUUCCUUGGGCACAUUGAGGUAUGUUGCAGCAAAAUAAAUCACACAAUACAAUGCAAUUAUGGUUAGAGAGCGGUCGAUUCUGGCAAGAUAUAAUUAUAUUGCUUUACUGGUCUAAAAGAUAUUCCAGGUGGUGAGGGAAAGAUGAGAUGUUUACACUAAACAGAAAAGGCAGAAGCACAAAUGAUGAAAUCUGUAGAAGCAAAUAAAGCCCAAACACACCUGGAUUCUAGACACCUUGAAACAUAUUUCACAGCUUUGAUAUGAUCUGAACUCUCUAAAAUGAGCUAUUUAUUGUUUCUGUUUCUGGCUGUGUUUAAUGUUUUGUGCAUUAACAUGAAAGAUAAAUCCCAAACAUGGUGGUUUUGGUGGGGAAGGUUGAUAUGAUGGGAGGUAGAGGGAAGCUGACUAAUAAGACAACCCAUGUUUCUGGGCUACAGGACAAUAUAUAUACAGUAUAUAUAUAUAUAAAAUAUUAGCAUGAUAUUUAAGUUAAACUAUGAUUUUCUUUUGUAUUCUAAGCGGUAAUUCAACUCCUCGCUCUUUUACACUGUUCUUGCAUAUGUUGUUUGUGAUGAAUAGCUAUAUUCAAAAUGAUAUGAGACGAGCCUCCUGAUAACUCCUCAUUCAACAUGGUAAAAUGUACCGAAAGCUGUUCUCUGCUACCCAUAAUGCAUUUCAAUCUCCCUCAACAACCAAACUUUCAUCUGACUUGGUACACUGCCCUUCUCAGUGUAGUGCAACAGUCCCUAAUAACAUGGCCUUUUGCUGAUUAAUGAUGUCAUCUUUUCCCUAUGGACAGUUAGUAUGACACAGUCUUCCUUUUCUCCGUCUAGAGUCCAUUCUCUCUGUGUAUUAUCUGUAAAGAAAGCUUUUUGUUGCUUGUCUGUGUUUAAAUGUAGUAUGUGCCUGCCUCCUCCUGUGUACAGGCUCGGAUGAGGAGCCCACCUUUAGUACCGUACUUUAUAAUAUCAUAGUCUGAAAGAAAACAACUGGCCAUGUUAGACACAACAUGAAUUUGUGUUUUUUUGCAUUUAUAACUCAAGGUAAUCUCUAUGAUGAAUUCAUGGUAGUUUCGUGGUACGGUUUUCAGCAUAAUGCAAUUGGUGAAACUUAGCUGAGUCCCUGACAACAGCGGCAUCACAAGCUAGGUCUGCGAGUUACUUCUAGAUGUAUGCAUUUAUUGUCAUUGUUAUUUAUGUACCUUCUUUAUAGAGAUCUAAUUAACUCUUUAAACUGAACUGAACUGACCUAACUGGCUCCUGCAAAAAGGACACUCUGCACUUUGACACCACAUCCAGAAUUGAAAACAAAACGUUUGAACAUGAAGAUGCUGCUUUACUGCAUUUAAUCCGUAGAAUGAAUUUGGGAUAUAGGCUAAAAUUAGAUUAUUAGUUGCGUACUGCUUUUGUUUAAUGACACGUUAUUUACAACGGUUGUGAUGUCAAAUUAGUUUGAGUGUCUUUUUUAAGCCAGCAGUUUUGUGCUCUUUUGAAAUUGCAUGACCAAUUCUGGUGGCUAACGCGUUUGACAAUGGUGCGGUGGCAAGAAAGAGUGGGAGAAAGAAAGCACAAUGUUAAAUAUUAUUAUCAUUCCUUUGUAUUUAUGUGCAAAGCUAAGCUGAUGUGUUGUGGUGGAUUUUUAUUUUUUAUUACACAUUUAUUGUUCGUGUCCUCUGAAAAUGACUAGUCCUCAAAAAACAAUUGGACACUGCAGCCAAUGGUAAAAAAAAAAAGAAGAAAAAUGCUUUGUUGUUCACAUAGUCCUCCAUUCAACACUCCUGUUGUAACCCAUGUCAUGUGACGCAGCCCUGCAAGACAGCUCACAAGAAGAGGCUUACGUGUGCACGUGUGUGUAAGAGAAAGAGAGAAAUGUGUGCUUGUGUUUCUAUGUGUGUGAGUUUUGGGGAAAGCCGAUCUCUGUAUAUAAUGGCAAAGGGAACAGUAGUGUGUGUGUAUCUGUGUAGAGAAGUCUAAAGUUGAAAGUUCAAAGGUCGAAGGCCAAAGUUAGCGUGGUGCACUGUAAUACUCCCAGAGGUCUUUGUGAAAUGUCAUGUCAGAUUGUUUUCGAAUUAACACAAUAAAAUGAUGCAGUUACUUUAAAAUCCAA